AUGUCUUCUUCACGGAACUUUAACGCGCGCUCGGGAAAUGCUGUUGUCACAGCCAACGCCCCGGCACCCCUGCCCGUCUUCUCGCAGGCCAUCAAAACAAAGGAUAUGAUCUAUGUGUCUGGAAACGUUGGCAUGGAUCCCCACACGAACCAGCUGGUACCGGGAGGGGUCAAAUCACAAACCGCGCAGAUCUUGAAAAAUUUGCAAGCAACGCUCGAGGCUGCGGGAUCAGGGCUCGGGAAAGUGAUCAAAAUCAACGUCUACAUCACCGAUAUGCGAAACUUCGCCGAGAUGAACGAAGCUUACCUCGGUGUCUUCGAGGAACCACAGCCAGCGAGAACUUGCGUGCAGGUCGUCGGCCUCCCUUUUGGAGCCCAGGUCGAAAUGGAGUGCCACGCUUUGCCUUAA